AUGGUUGGAUCCCGUGAAGCAGAACGCCUACACAUUCUUAUUGCAGGGGCUGGCAUCGGCGGUCUCUCGGCAGCAAUUGCGCUUCGACAAGCUGGCCAUGUAGUGGAUGUCUUUGAAUCUUCUCGGUUCGCAGUGGAGCUCGGUGCCGCAAUUCACCUUCCUCCAAAUGUGAACGGGCUGCUGCGCCGAAUCGGUGUUCAGCCAGACGACUUCCAGUGCAACGACGCAGAGUUUGUUUCGGUUUUCGACUCCCAAGGUAACCUUAUUAGCUCCAAGGAUGUCCGAAAUCUGCGCGAGAUCUACCCAUUUCCCUGGCAACUUGCUCAUAGAAUUGAUCUACAUGAUGCAUUAAAAGACAAGGCGACCUCACUGAAAGGCACUGGAGUUCCCGUCAAAAUUCAUCUGCGCAGCAAGGUUGUCGACUGCCAUCCCGCCAGCCCUUCGCUAACCCUGAUUGAUGGGACCGAGGUCAAAGGAGAUCUUCUCAUUGGCGCGGAUGGUGUUCAUUCAUCCCUUCGAACCAAAAUCGCUCGAGAGGAUAUUGCAGCAGAGCCAUCUGGUGGAAGUGCUUUCCGCUUUCUUGUUCCGAUGUCCAAGGUCAAAGCCAAUCCAGUCACCGCAUCCCUUGUUCAGAAGGCAGGAGAACUUCAAUUUUGGGAUGGCCAGUAUCGUCGGCUGGUGAUCUAUCCUUGUCGGGUCUUUGACGAAUUUUCAACUCCCAUGAAAUCGCUCCUUGCAAUGGCAGACCCCGAUUCGAUCAAGCUCUGGAGGCUUCUCGAUCGCAAGGCUCUUGGCACCUGGAUUAAUGGCAAUAGCUGUCUCAUUGGAGACGCAGCCCAUCCAUUUCUCCCGCAUCAGGGACAAGGUGGUGCUCAAGCAAUUGAAGAUGGAAUCGCGCUUGGCGCUUUGUUUCCCCUGGGCACCCCUCGGGCGGAGAUCCCUGAACGUCUGGAGUUAUAUAUGGAAUGUCGUUAUGACAGAGCAACCAUGAUCCAGAAUUUCUCUCGACAAGCAGCUUUCAAAAUUAGCGCGAAGGAUGAUGUUGGGGCUCUGGAAUUUAUGCGGACCAAUUUCGGGCACGAUGCAUGCGACUUCGCCGCAAAUGUGCUGCGUAAACAUAUGGUCAGUCGGAUCCCAAAGGAUGACACAUUGUCUACUGCCUUCGGCCUCGCAGGACCAUUCGUCCUAGGAUUCCUUGGGCCCGACGGCAUUCUCGGAUCUCCCUCUCAGCGAUCGCUCGAAAUCGAAUUCCGCGCCCGUCGGAACUACCUCGAAACAUUUCUGCCAACUGUGAAAUCACGCAUCACCUCUCCCGGUGGCUGGGCCAAAGCUUCCUGGAUCACCCGGCGGCUCCAGUCAACCGAGUGGAAGGGAGAAAGUGAAGUCACCCUUGUGGGUCUGAACAUUCCAAACGCCCUUCUUUCGCACGAUGGGGAGGGUUCCGGGAAUUUUACUCCCAUUGUUUUCUGUGAAAAUGCCGAGUUUGUGAUUUCUGCGCGCGAGGAGCUCAGCCUGCCCAUUUUGCUUGCUGAUAUCACGGAGAGUAUCAUGGGCUCUGGUUAUCGGAUAAGUGUCGGAGCUUCGGUGUUCCCUGGCUUAGCGAAUGUGAUCAUGCGUCUACAAGGCCUUGAUAUUAAGAGUCCAGUUAUCACCCACUCUGAUACGCAGAUUAACUGA